UGUGUUAGCCUAGCCGUCUGGAAAAUUUACACUUCAUGGUGGAAUAUCCUAGACGACUUGGGUUUGUUUCUGGAUUGCUUUCACCACAUAGACAUAAAAGGGGUGCUUCCCAUCAAGUGUCUGAUCAAUCGUCGUCAAAUUCUUCCUCUCCCACUCCCAGACCAUUGCCUGAUAACUUACCGAAUAAUUCUUUUCUCUCUUUAGGAAGAAAAGAAGGAAAGAAAGAAAUGGCCUCUCGUUGGUCCGGUCAAACGAACAAAUGGGAAAGGCACAGACGCGUCAAGGACGAAUCAACUCUGUCUCUGCCCCCUCCACUUGGUCCGGAAUGCAACUCCAUUGCAGUCACCGAGGUCCUCUCUGCCGACGCAAGGUGGAAAACAGACGACGCCCGCAUCACCAACUGCAAAUUAGUCGCAACGUACAGCUGGCUGGACAGAUCGAAUCCAUGGAUCAUCGUGCCAGGUGCCCCCGCAAGAUGGGCGCCCCCGCGUCAAGUCGUCAAGUUGAAGCAAGACGCCGGCACGUAUUACCGAGAUAAGAACGCCUCGCGGCACCCCGACCAUCCCUGGGAGCCGACAGUCGAGGCUGUAAUGCGGAUGAACUGCAUCGAGGGAGAAAAAGUCGGGCCCAUCGACUUGGUAGCCUGCGGAAGCACGCUGGGAAACCUGCUGCGUUUCGUCAGAGGUGAAGGACGUCAGUUCCGCAUGCUCGUGGAGGUUGUCGGCUCGACAGUCCACCUCAUCCGCCGCGAGAACUCACCCAAGGAGAUCAUCCCCGACGUCCAUGGAUAUGGACACAGUUUCCCGGAGGCCUACACAGAAUGGGACGGUGACGUCCGUGGUUCGGCUUCCCACCAGCGAAUCCUGCGAUACGAAUUCGCUGGUCUCGGCUGCCUGGUGCGUUUCGAAGGGGACGGGUACCUCCCCGAGAAAUCCGAGAGCAUCUUAAAGAAGAAGCAGGACCAGGACGGCGCAAAGGGAGAAGAAAGAAGUACAGCAUCGCUGGAAACCAUCAGCGACAAGCUUGCCACGGCUCACGUCGCUUCCGUGACCCCCCAAACUGAUGCGAACUCGAACUCGCUGCAAGUCAGUUUCCGCGGCCGCGUCGUCCCUCAGGAGGCCAUGUUCGACCUCAAGACUCGUUCCAUCAAGAGAGACCCAGAGCAGGUCGUGGCGGAGGAGCUCCCCCGGCUCUGGCUGGCGCAGAUCCCCAACUUCAUCCUCGCCAGGCAUCAGUUCGGUUUCUUCAACGACAUCCAAAUCAAGGACGUCCGCGAGGAGGUCAGGGCCUGGGAGUCGGCAAAUGCGGAUGCGCUGUUGCGGUUCGCGAGACUGCUGCACCGCAUCGUCGACGUGGCACGGGAUCGGGAAGACGGCAAGAUGGAGAUUCUUGGCGAAGAGGACCAGCCCCGACUGAAGAUCCUGGAGCAGUUGCCCGACGUGCGAUCAGCGUUGCCGGGUAAGGUGGCGCUACGGUGGGAGAGUUGGUUGUGUGAGACGGCGGCACAUCGUGAUUCUGAGAGUGAUGAGACGGACUCGACAGACUCGAUCAGCGAGUGGGUGGACCUUGCGAACGACGGCGAUUUCACCUACUGCUCGGAUGAAUGCGGGUACUGCGGUCAAUGUAAUCGUAUCUAGGUAGCCAAGGAGAAUGUGCGAGGCAAGGGCAUGAAAGACGUACGAAUAGAGCAGAUACUACUAACAUGAGAGUUCAAUGUCGUGAGCUUCGUGACGGACAGUCGAGACUAGAGGUGGAGUCGGAAGAAGGGAACUUUCAAUAGAAAUGGAGC